CAAAUCGCACCAACAUUGGUUUUUUCUUCAUCCAUCAGACUGUCUGAUGCACUGCGGUACACCUUCGCUAUGCAUUGGGACAGCAAUCAAUGAUCAUGUGUUUACUUCGAGAAAAGCUGCUACUCCAUUCAAAAUAAGAAUAACACCCACUCGUUUGCCGUGAUUUAUAGGAGUAGCAAUUUUUUGUCUUUUAAUGUUCCACUAAAUGUGUGUCAGAGAAGAGUUCUUCGAAGAGUGGUCCGAGUGCAACCGAGUCUGUUUCUCAACCAGUUACUUGUGUUCAGUUUGCUGAUUACAGAACAGUUGUAAUUCUAAACAUAAAAGAAUAAAAACUGUAAACAGUACUGUUCUGGUGAUGUGUUCCGUGAUUCCGUAAACGAAUGUUGCAUGAGGGUGGUGAUAUUAUGUAUAAGUGUAUGAGAAGUGAAUUGAUUGGUGGAAAAAUGUUAACCUUUCUCAGUAGCGGCAACGUUUGGUGGUGUUAGGUGAAACUUUCUUGAAUUGUGCAAGUUUAUCGCAGAAAAUUUUAUGACCCCUUCUACACAUUGAAUGAACCACUUCGGCACGGUAGCUUGGCACCCAUAGAUAUCCGUGGAAAUAGGUUUCGUUCUGCUAUAAAAUCAACCAAUUCGAAGUGGGUGUUGUAGCAUGAGACUCGUACGCGUGAGACUCGCUUGCUACCCAGGAUUGAUACAACAGCAAUAACAACGUUCGUUCAGAAGGUUACUGAGUUCGACGGCGACGUCACAGCGCCAUCGUUAGUGUCGCCAGUGAAGGCGUAAGUAGCCGGAUAGCGAGCGAAGAUUUAUCAUUACCGAAACAAACAAACGAGACGCGUUAGGUUGAACGCACGGCGCAGGGAUGGCGGUAUCAAAAUUCAGUGACGUAGACGAGUACGGCUUCAAGCGUGAACCCGACUUCGACUACCAAUCGUACGAAAAUAUUAUGUCCAGUUACUACACGGUGCUCACAACUCGAAGCAUUAGGUGGCAGAAGUUCGCCAAAGAGACCGACAUCCUGACGAAUCCCCGCAAACUGAAACGAUUCGUUCGGAAAGGUAUUCCGGGUCCGUUGAGAGAAGAGGUCUGGAUGAAAUCGUCCGGAGCCUUCCGGCUGCAGCAAAAGGAACCGACCCUCUAUGAAACCCUACUGCGGUACGAGUUCGAUCAGGAAAUAUCCGAUCAAAUAAAAAUUGACCUGCCGCGAACAUUCCCGGACAAUAUCCAUUUUGAACAGUACAAGCUGGGCCUGUACAACGUGCUCAUAACGUACGCACAUCACAACAAAGCGGUCGGCUACUGCCAGGGACUGAAUUAUAUAGCCGGUCUAAUAUUAAUUAUUACCAAGAACGAGGAAUCAACGUUCUGGCUGCUCAAAGUACUGGUAGAGAACAUCGUCCCACUCUAUCAUACAAAGAAGAUGGAUAACUUAAUCACGGAUAUCGAUGUGCUUAGCGAAUUAAUUAGAAUACGGAUACCUGAUGUGCAUAAACAUAUAGCCGAUUUAGGUCUACCCUGGCCUGUGAUAGCCACCAAGUGGCUAAUCUGUCUGUACGCGGAGGUAGUUCCAACGGAAACAGCCCUUCGAAUAUGGGAUUGCGUAUUUCUCGAAGGUAACAAAAUUCUCCUACGAGUCGGUAUUUGCAUCGUGAUCAGUUUGAAACGGGAAAUACUUGCGACGGACGAUAUUUCUACGUUGAUUGGCCUGUUCCGGGCACUGGAAAAGAACACCACCCUGAUGGACUGCCAUACGUUCAUGAAAAAUGUGUUCACGGUUCCCGGGAACCUGAAACGAUCCCAAAUCGACGCCCUUCGGCGGCAGCUGUACGAACAAAGAAAGGCUAGCAGACGGAAAGGUUCCUAGGGGUUGGAGGACUAUAUCCUCAAGAGAUAUAGACUAAAUCUAAUGUGAAAAGAUAAUAGUUUUAUCACAGAGAGCGAACGUCCAUUGCGCGAGUUUCAAUAGUUUGAGUUUUAUUGGUGAGGCAGGCCUAACGUUUUUUUUCGCACAACGUUCGAAAAUGGGUGUUUGCUGUCUGUGUUUUUAUGUUAUGAAAUAUUGUUUUAAUUGUUUAUUGUCGAGUGGAAUACAAUAAUUAGAACGUAUAAUAUAUAGCUGAUAUUUAUUGAAUGCCCUAACCUCAAUCUUAGUAAGGCAUGCUUAGCCUUUCUAGUGCAUUACAAUAUUUAUAUAUGACAAUAGUGGCUUCGCCGUAAUUUAUCUGAAAAUCCAACAAUAGAUUGAACAUAGAGCAUUUCGAAAUUAGUCGUAGUUUUCAAUGAUCAACGGCGUCACAUAAAAGUUACCUAUACUCUGCAUCGGCAGCUCAACAUUCAUAUUAUCUUGGACUCAUAGGGUUUUACAUGUAAAUAAUAAUUUAUGACCAGAAAAUACAAGC